GGUAAGCUGCGAGAGAUAACGGCUAUAAAAGUCUUGUCGGUGAGAGCUGAAGGUUUUUACCGGUUCCUGAAGGUCGGAGUUGGACUCGACGUCUGUAACGUCUAGUAAACAUUUCUUUCAUCAUGAAAACCUCUAAGGAAGCUGUUCACGCCGCCGCCAAGGAGUUUCUUCAUUUCGUCAAUCGUGGAGUUUCACCGUAUCAUGUGGUGGAAGAGUGUAAGGCCCGUCUGUUAAAAGCUGGCUUCACAGAGCUGAAGGAGUCUGAACACUGGGACAUAAAACCAGCAAACAAGUACUUUGUGACCCGGAACUACUCCACCAUCAUUGCUUUUGCAGUGGGCGGCCUGUACAAGCCUGGAAAUGGCUUCUCCAUGAUCGGAGCCCAUACGGACAGCCCCUGCCUGAGGGUAAAGCCUCGCUCUAAGAAGACGAGGUUAGGUUGUCUGCAGGUCGGCGUGGAGUGUUACGGUGGGGGAAUCUGGAACACAUGGUUCGACCGGGAUCUGACCGUUGCGGGCCGCGUCAUGGUCAAGAGUGGAGAUAAGCUGCUGCAUCGUCUCGUGCAUGUCCAGCGGCCCAUCCUGAGAAUCCCUCACCUGGCCAUUCACCUGCAGAGAGACAUUAACGACUCCUUCGGCCCCAACAAGGAGAACCACUUAGUGCCUUUUCUGGCAACUGCGGUUCAGGAGGAACUAGAAACGGGCUCUGCUGCCUCUGGUGAUGCCUGUAAUGCAGCGUCUACACCAGAGAAGCACCACCCGGCUCUGAUCCGGCUGCUCUGUGGGGAGCUGGGGGUCGAACCAGACACCCUGCUGGACUUUGAGCUCUGUCUGGCGGACACACAGCCUGGGACACUAGGAGGUGUAUAUGAAGAGUUUAUCUUCUCUCCUCGUUUGGACAAUCUUCACAGCUGCUACUGUGCUCUGACGGCCCUGAUAGACUCCAGCACAAGUGCCUCUCUGGCCAAAGACCCCAAUAUCCGUAUGAUUACUCUCUACGACAACGAGGAGGUGGGGUCCGAGAGCGCUCAGGGUGCCCAGUCUAACCUGACGGAGCUGAUUCUGCAUCGCCUGGCGUCCACAACUGACAACCUGACGGCCUUCCAGGAAGCCAUGCCCCUCUCCUUCAUGAUCAGCGCAGACAUGGCCCAUGCCGUGCACCCUAACUACCAAGAGAAACAUGAGGAGAAUCACAGACCUGCUUUCCAUAAGGGUCCAGCCAUAAAGUUUAACAGUAACCAGCGUUAUGCCACCACUGCAGUUACAGCCUCUAUUUUGAGAGAGGUUGCAGGGAGGGUGGAAGUGCCUCUUCAGGAUGUAAUGGUUCGGAAUGACAGUCCUUGUGGAACAACCAUUGGACCGAUCCUGGCGGCUAGGUUGGGAAUUCCUGUGCUGGACAUCGGUGCACCACAGUUGGCCAUGCACUCCAUCAGGGAAAUGUGCUGCACAUCAGGCGUCCUCCAGACCACCACUCUCUUCAAGGGUUUCUUUGAAUUCUUCCCCUCUGUGAGGAAUAUGCUUGUCGUGGACUAGAGUGUGCGGCCACGAUGAAACAACACAGCUGGACAGGUAGCCGGACGCCUAUCCCUGUAUGGGAAAUCAGUAUUUCUCCCUGUCUCAUCUGGGUCCUUUCUGGGCUUUUACUGAUAUCAAAGCAGUGUUGUGGAAUAGAGGGACUGUUUAAUGGAUGUACACUUUUGUAGGUGCACCUUACACUCUACACAAUAAACAUGUAACUUACA